GAACCAAACACGGCACUAUCACCAAGAUUAAGGGAAUGGUUCAAAACUCAGAUAAAGGCUUCAGAAAUUUCAGUACGCCAGUGGAGGAUUUUGAGCCAACGCUUCUCUCUCUCAGUUCUUCGUGGACGGAUUUGCGCCGCCGGACCAGAUAAAAAAAAUGGCAUCAUUAGACUUUGCAAGAGCAGAUCUUGGUCUUAUGGUUCUGUAUUUGAACAAGGCUGAAGCAAGGGAUAAAAUAUGCAGGGCAAUACAAUAUGGUUCAAAGUUUGUGAGUAAUGGUGAGUCAGGAACAGCCCAAAAUGUCGAAAAAUCAACUAGCAUGGCCAGGAAAGUUUUCCGUCUAUUCAAGUUUGUGAAUGAUUUGCACGGUCUUAUAAGCAGAACUUCACCCGACACUCCUCUGUCUCUUGUUUUGCUAGGAAAGUCUAAAAAUGCUCUCUUGUCGACUUUCUUGUUUCUCGACCAAAUUGUCUGGCUUGGCAGGUCAGGUAUCUAUAAGAACAAGGAAAGAACAGAGCUACUUGGUAGGAUUUCACUUUUCUGCUGGAUGGGUUCUUCAAUCUGCACCACCUUGGUCGAGAUUGGGGAGAUUGGAAGGCUAUCUAGAUCAAUUAAGAAUUUAGAGAAGGAACUGAAAGAUAACAAAUACAAGAACACGCAAUACGUGAGCAAACUGGAGCAGUCAGACGAGAGAUCAUUGGCGCUAGUGAAAGCAGCCAUGGAUAUAGUAGUUGCAGUUGGGCUUCUUCAGUUGGCACCUAAGAAAGUCACUCCUCGUGUAACAGGAGCGUUUGGAUUCAUCACAUCUCUCAUUUCGUGUUACCAGGUAAUUUACUUUGGCAUAAAAAUGUCGUAAAACAUUAAAUUAAAG